AUAUAACUCGACUUCCUGUUUGUGUUUGUUAGACUGCUGCUAGGUUCACAUCGCAGCUAAAAGCGAAUUUACACAGACAGUUGCUGCUGCCUCGCAUCUUCACACUAAUAAUAAUUACAUGUAUGAGUUUAAAUGAAUAUACGAAGAUAUAAACAGACAGAUUUCUCUUCCCCGUUUCUUCCUGAAGACGUUUUUAUAGCACUGUUAUGUCGGUAUCUUCAUACAGAGAUGCUAACAGCUGAUUGCUAGCUAGAGCUGUUGACAAAUAACCUGAAACAUCAUCAUCUUCACACAUGCUGGCCGUUAUUGAAUAGGUCCAUGAUAUUUUUCAACAACUGCUGUUAAGAUCUGCAUAGAUCCUGCUGAUUGUGUUAAUGUCCCAUAGAAGAAAAGCAUAAGUGAGGUUAUUAUCUUCCCUGGGUUGAUAUCUCACUGCCCUGGACAUGAUGGGCCCAAGGCGAAAAGUCACCAGGACUCAGAGUCUGGGUGGAGGAUCGCACAGCUUGCUCGGACAUGAAGAACCCAAAGAUUAUAUAAAUGAGCUGUCACAUGAGGUGCUUUGCCAUAUAUUUAGAUACUUGCCCAUGCAGGACAUAAUGUGUAUGGAGUGUCUGUCACGGAAAUUAAGAGAGGCUGUGACUCUGUAUUUGCGGGUGGUGAAGGUAGUGGAUCUUUGUGCAACCCGGUGGUGGGAGUACAUGCCCUCAGGUUUCACAGACUCCAGUUUCCUCAUGCUGAUGAAGAAAAUGCCGGAUUUGGAGCAGCUGUAUGGUCUUCAUCCACGUUACCUAGAAAGAAGGAGGGUCAGAGGUUACGAGGCUUUCAGUAUUCCUGGUGUUUUGGAGGCCCUACAGGCCUGCCCAAACCUCAUUGGUGUGGAGACAUCUCAUCUUGAGCUCGUGGAAGCAAUAUGGAACUACAUGCCUCAGGUGCACAUACUGGGCAAGUUCAGGAACCGAAACGGGGCCUUUCCUAUUCCAUCUGAGAACAAACUCACCAUACCAGCUGCAGCCAAAAUACAAACACUCCAUCUUGUCGGUGUGAACGUACCAGAGAUCCCAUGUCUGUCCAUGCUCAGGCAUCUAUACCUGAAAUGGGUUCGCCUUACAAAGCCUCAGCCCUUCAAAGACUUUCUUUGCGUGAACUUGCGUACAUUUGUCAUGAGGAACUGCGCCGGCCCCACAAAUUCACUGAAGUAUGUGCCUCUUGUCACCGGAUUGGCCUCCGCUCGCAACCUGGAACAGCUUGAACUGGUGAGGGUGCCCUUCUUAGGGGGACUAAUUCAACAUGUGGUGGAGGAUAGCUGGAGGUCAGGGGGGUUUCGUAAUUUGCACACUAUUGUAUUUGGUGCCUGUAAGAAUGCACUUGAAGUGGACCUGGGCUACCUCAUCAUUACUGCUGCUCGCAGGUUGCAUGAAGUCCGAAUCCAGCCUUCUUUAACCAAAGAUGGAGUGUUCUCUGCACUGAAAAUGGCUGAACUGGAGUUCCCCCAGUUUGAGACUUUGCACCUCGGAUAUGUUGAUGAAUUUUUAUUGCAAUGUAAAUUGAGCCAUGCUGAGUUGGUGAAAUACGGUCUUGCUGAUGUGAUCGAGAAUCCAGGAAUCAUCACGGACAUUGGAAUGAAGGCUGUUAAUGAAGUGUUUAGCUCCAUCAAGUAUCUGGUCAUUUAUAACUGUCCUCAUCUUCACAACCCAAACAACUGGAUCACAGAUCACUCACGCUGGAGUCGACUGGUGGAUCUCACACUGGUGCGUUGUCAUGCAAUCAAGCUGGAGUCUUUCAGCCAGUUUAUUGAAAUGCUUCCCAGCCUAGAGUUCAUCUCUCUAGACCAGAUGUUUCGUGAGCCUCCCAAGGGCUGUGCACGUGUGGGACUCAGCGCUGGCACUGGUAUCGGUGUAUCAUCUGCCUUGGUCAGCAAUCAGAACUCCAACAACGAUAAUGACAACAAUAACAACAACAAUCACCAAAACAAUAAUGAUGCAAACAUUCCCCCAAACAACAAUCGCGAAGACUUGCCUCAGCAACACCGUCGUGGCGCAGAAGAAAUUCCUGACGUGGAAGGCAUGGUAGCAGAAAACAUAGAGCCUGAGCCUGUUCUUGGGGCUGUCAACCCAGAAGAAGAGAUUCAAGGUUCCAGCCAGACAACCAAUCCUUCACCUGACCAGGAUGAAGAACAAGCAGGUCCUAGCGGAGUUCAGACCGCUGUGAAAAAGCAGCCGGUGGUGGUGUCGGAUUCGGACAGUGAGGAUGAGUACAGUCCAGUCAGGACGCAGGGUGCCGGCCGCUCUCAAGGCCAGUACCCAGAGACCGAAGCCCAGGAGAAAAGCACCACAGCUGUGACCCCACAUGGUAAAGGGAAGACUCCUCUGCGCAGACGUGGACUGCAGCCUCAAGAGUCCAGUUGUGAGAAAGGCUGCCAGGUAACCAGCGAGCAGAUCAAAGCUGACAUGAAAGCAGCCACUGAGACAGCCGAGCGUGGGAACAAAGACAGAACCAGCGGGGCUGGACCCGCCACAGGCUACGCUAACGGCGGAUGCGUCUGCUCCAUUCGUUGGAGGGAAGACUCGGCCAAUCAGGAGAACCGAGGUGGGGUGGGCAGGGGAGAAGAAGGGAUGGUCAGGACACGCUGCACAUGCAGCAGGUCUCGUUCCUCUGCUGAAAUCGGGACUCGUGGUGGCCAUGGCCACUCCGCAGAGCUGGAGAGCCAAGACCCUGAGCAGAGAGCGGGGGAAGAGGAGAUGGAGGACAGACACUCAAGCACUCCGCCCCGUAAUCAGAGCUCAUCCGAGGAGCAUACUAAGAAGACUGCAGGCCAGCCGCAUGACGGUAGACCCCCAGAUUCAUCGCACAGAACCCCAACCCAUGAGUUCCCCAGGAGACCAGUCACUCGUGCCUGCAGCAGACUUUCAUUUGAGCCUCUGGUGUGUGAGUCAGAGCUGCCCAAAUCAAAACCACGAGCUCCAGUGAAGAGAAAACGUAUGGUAGACAAAUCCACCAGCACUAGUGACCCUGUGACUGAAGAUGACCACGUGCAGGUGCUCAACCUUAAAUCUAAAAACCUGGUUGGUAUCACGCUUACAAAUUGUGGUAUCACAGACCUGGUUCUUAAAGAGUGUCCGAAAAUGAUGUUUGUCCACGCCACACGCUGCAGGGUGCUGAAACAUCUAGUAGUGGAAAGUGCGCCUAUCGUGAAUCGUUUUGACUAUGCACAGUGUAAGAAGCUAGACAUGGAGCAGGUGCUGGAUCAAAUCUUACGAAUGCCCCCGGAGAGAAACCGUAUCAUCUACAUGAGGCCUAUGCAGCAGGUUGACUCUCUGGCUUUGGAGAAGAAGCUCUUUAGUGGUCCAUACCCAUAUCAUAUUGCCAUCAUCCAUGAGUUCAGCAAUCCCCCCAAUAUCAGGAACAAGGUGCGUGUGCGUAGCUGGAUGGACACCAUUGCCAACAUUAGCCAAGAACUCAUCAAAUAUGAAUUCUUUCCGGAGGCCACACGGACGGAAGAGGAUGUAAAGAAGUAUCCCAGCUAUCCCUGGGGCCGAGACAUCUACACAUUAGAGGGGGUAGUAGAUGGGGCGCCGUACUCCAUGAUCACUGAUUUCCCGUGGCUUCGCACUUUACGCACAGCAGAACCCAAUAGUUUUGCUCGAUACGACUUUGAGGAUGAUGAAAGCACUACAAUUUACGCGCCACGCCGCAAGGGACAGCUCUCGGCCGACAUGUGCAUGGAGACUAUCGGUGAGGAGAUCUCAGAGCGCCGGCAAACAGGCAAAGGUGUUUUUCAGCGUGUGGUGGUCGUCUUCAUCCACUACUGUGAUGUUCGUGGAGAACCGGUAGAUGAUGACUACAUUUAGAAGUGUCAAUGUUCAGCCGAAGAGCCUGAAGGUGUGGAGGGCUCCACAUAAGCACUUUGUCAGGCUCUGAGCGCUGACCAACACCGCUGUCUCCUGUGAAAGUACAGAGACACAACCUCAGUGUGGAAUAACAAGGCAUUUCCUGUUGCCUUUAUCUCUGAGUAAAUAAAACUGAAAGCGAUCGCUUUAAAAUCUGCAAUUGUUGGCCAUUGCUUGUUUGUGUGGAGAUGUUGGUCCUGGAUCAAUGCAAAGACAUGCAGCCUGCUGUUACCUGCAGCACACUUCAAGUAAAGAGAGGCUGAUCGGGACUGGAGCAUUUUAUUUGGUGGUGCACGUGGGAAAGACAUGCUGAGCCA